AUAUUUCAUCAGUUCCAUUUUGCUCCACCACAGUARAACAACUACCAAACAACAAAACAAUCAAAAUGUUCAAAUACUUCGCUCUCGUUUUCGUCGCCCUCUUCGCCUUCGCCACUGCCGAGCCUAAACCCGCUGUGGUCGCAGCACCAUUGGCCUACUCAGCUUACUCAGCGCCCUUGGUCGCCUCCCCCUACGCCGCUGCCUAUGCUGCCCCAUAUGCCGCUUACGCCGCCGCUCCCUAUGCCGCCUACGCUUCACCCUACGCCGCCUACUCCGCUUACCCAUACAGCGCCGCCUAUGUGCUCCGCAAGUAAAUUAUGUAGGAAAGUGUGAGCUAAAUUUUGGAGAAGCCUGAAAAUGACUGGAUAUUCCAUAGGCAAAUGGUUGAAAAUAUUUAGAGCAAAACAUAAAUAAAUGGAAAAG